GGCAACAUCGCACGGCCGUGUGUCGUCAGUGCACAUCCGAUUCGUAACCAAGGGAAUAACAACCAUUGGUUUAAUCCGGCCGUGUCACUUCAGUGCACGUUAAUGUAACUUGAGAUAGUUAGUGUCACAUGCAAAACAAUGAUAAACGAUGAACAAUUAAUAUUGACUGUUCAGAAAUAUCCAUGUAUUUAUAACACUUCGAAUACGAAGUAUAUGGAUAACAAAUAUAAGGCUGAAAUAUGGAAGAAGAUAGGGGAGGAAUUGAAUCAAACCAACAUUGUUAUGUGUAGGAACAGGUGGCAGAAUAUAAGAGACCAAUUUAGAAAAUAUUUGAUGAAACGCAGUGCAAAAAGUCCAGAAGAAGCUGAAAAAAUGAGAAAAUACAAGUAUGAAGAACUAUUGCAAUUUUUAAUACCUCUCUACGGAGAAAAUUUGCAAGUCAAGACCAAUUGUGAGUCUCCAUCAAACUUUUGUGUUGCCAUCAAAACAGAAGAAUUUAAUAUAACGGACGGAGCAGAUGAGGAUGGAUAUUCAUCUGGCAAGCCAAAUUCACCCAUAAACCCGCAACAAUUCAUCAAGAGUAUAUCCGAAGAAAGUGUUCAGUCAUCUGAAAUAAACGACACACAAGGUGAAUACGAUUUACAAUCGGUUAAAAAGAAACGGAAACAUGGUGAGAAUGAAAGUGUAACACUUCUGGACUAUUUGUUAGACAAAAUUAAAAAGGAGAAAAGCACAGACCAACAUCCGAUAGACGCCUUUUUAAAUGGGAUAGCUGCAACAAUUAAAAAUUUUUCACCUUAUUAUCAGCACUUAGCUAAAAGUAAAAUUUUUGAAGUUGUUCAACAACUAGAACUUUUGCAGCUUCAAAAUGCGUCCGAUGAUUGUUCUUUGAACUUAUCGAAUAAUUAAUUCUUUCUUGUUUUUAACAAAAUAUUUAAUUUUAUCUUUGCAUCAUGAUAAGAUAAAUUUGAAUAGUUUCUUUUUAACAUAUCAUAUAAUCUAUUGUUUGUUAAAGAAUGUUGUGUGUAUGAUGGAUGAAAUACAAAUAUAAGUAAUUAAAUGUUAA